AUGUUAGGCACCGCGUUAUCUUGUCCGCGGUCGACUUUCGCGAGAGCACGGAACCUGUCCAAGUCCAGGCGCGCAAGUUUGAAUUCAAUUUCUGGGGGGUGGAGCUAUGGCGCUGUUCCUUCUCUUGCUGCCAUUCACAGCAGCAGCAACAGCACCAGCAACAACGGAUGCAGCAGUAGCUACACCAGAAUUUUAAAUGGCCCUGGGAGCCACAAUUGUUUUGUUGCAACCGCACUAGAUCUGCAAAGAGUCGAAAAUAGUGCUGCAGGAAAGCCAAAGCGUUUACCUAGUUUCUUGUACACCACAGGAUCGACAUGCCGACCCCCAACUGCGCCUCUUCGUGCUCUCCCCCUACCAGACUUAUCCUUUCGGCACUCCCAGGUUCCUGGGGCUUCUUUGUUUCCCAUUUUCAGUGUGCAUACACCUGUUUCUUUUUCGCGCCGUUCAUUUUCGUCCACGUCGGAACUUGAGCGAGUCUUUGGGGAUGGCUAUUCAGCUUUCCGGGUUCCGGUGCGCUGGAACUCCCGCAAUUUAGAGUUCUACGUUUGUGGUCUAGACCCCGACGGGGCUUUGACGGGCAACAGUUCAGCCACGUCUGCAGUCGCUGCUUUUACGGCGCUGCGGCCAGAUCUGGUGUUUGUGGGUUUGGGCCAUUUAGACUUGGAGAAAAUCUAUGAAACGUUUUCGAGAGAGAAGCUGGUGCGGUCUGGCGUUGCUGAGCAGGCCGGAGAUGUGGUCAAGAGGGACAAUGGUCAGUUCAUUCCUUUGAUCCAGCACUUGCUGCUGCAACAUCAUGCUCCGUUUUAUCUCAUAGGUAGAGAUAGGCUGGUGGAAAUGGGCGCGCUGGGCCAGCAGCUGUUCUGGAGGCCUCGGGAGCUUUACGGUUUGGUUUUAAAGCUGAUUGCGGGGAAAAAAGAAAAAGAAAAGCUAACCCCCUCUAUUAAACAAGUGCUGGAGGAAGAUGGCUCCGAGUUCGCGUUGCUUAAAGUCCACCAGCUGCUUUAUGAGUGGCAUUCGACACAAAAGAAAAAAGCACAGCCACAAGAGUUCACUGAGAGCUCAUUUGUGAAGAAGUGGCUAAUUGGGAGGAACAAGAGCGAAUGCGCUCUGCGCAUGCGCGCGAAACAACUGGAGCUGGCGCAGCCCCCACUUUCAGCGCCUCUGCGUUCCAAGCUGGCUUGGCGCAUUUUGGUGGUCUGUGAUUUGGCGAUGCAGCAGCGGCUGGCGCUUCGCCUUAAGCACGAAUUGACCAAUUUGAGAGGCAAAGAACCAAUGUUCGAGAGGAUGCGUGCGCUUGAAGACACAAGCGCCACCAGGUUUCAUUUGUGUCUCGUUCUCUACCUGCUCCUGCCCCUGCUAACCAUCUUCCGGCUACUGUGGAAAGCCGCAAAGAGUGCAUAUAUCAAGUAUUGGGUGGUUGGAAGCACCGUAUCUGUCAGCGGUGACGAGCUGCUGUCGAGGCUAAGCGGGGGCGAAACAGCAGUUGGUACGGAAAAGGAGAACAGAGCAGAAAGGAGACGAAAACUUGAAGUUGUGGAGUCGAGGUGGAUGGGACUAAAACAUACCGUGAGAGACACGUCCAGAGACUGA